AUGAGAGGUUUAGGUUCUUCUUCUACCGGCCGAGGCAGGGGUAGGGAUACAUGUCAGGGACGCAGACGUGGACGCGGCCGUGGCGACCUAGAGCAUGAUCCACUUGAGGGCUCGGAUCCCGGGGCUGAGCAGCAGGUGCUAGCGGGUAGACCCGCGCCGCGGAGAGCGACGAGACAGCCGCAGCCACAGGACGAGCCGCUAGCUACAGACGAGACUGGGAGGGUUAGAGUCACCCCUGAUGCUGCAAGCUGGUUCGCUGAGGGUUCCUCGUGGAAGAAGUUGACAGCAGAGCAUAAGAGCUUCUACUUCGAGGAGUUCAAGAAGGGUUUUUGCUGGGACUCGACCUACCCUGAGGACCUGAUUAGAGGGGCCUUCUACCGACAUGCGGCAAAUCGGUACAAAGAUACUCUCCACAACAUGAAGCCGGAUAAAAAAGAGGGCAGUGUUAGUGCUGAUACUUGGGCGUCAUGGAAGCGAGACUGGAAUACUGCUGAGGCUAAGAAGAAGUCUGAGAUAGCACGAGCUAAUCGGAUGAGUGAGCCGUCCGGAGCUGGCACCGGACCAGUUCGACAUACCGCAGGAUCGCGAUCGGCUACGAGGCAUAAGACAGUUAUGACUGAGGAGCUCGGGCGAGAGCCCAAUUUGGCUGAGUUGCAUGUGCGGUUGCACCUGACCAAACCUGAUCGGACUGUCUUUUUUGACAAGAGAUCAAAGGAUAAAAAUGAUGUUCCUGAAAAAUGA